GUGUAUCAGCAGUUUAACGUAUGAGUUGAAUGGUUUUCUGUAUGCUUCAGGUUGUCGUGAGGCACGGGAUACGCCGUUGCUUAUGUUUAACGCUCCUAACUUCCUUCCGCCUACACUGACCUCCAGUUUACAAUCCUUCAGCAGAGUGUCCUGUCCUCUACGAGCAAAGUCCUUGCAUCAUGGCACUGGCUGGAGUGAGAGUCAUUGAGCUGGCCGGCCUGGCUCCAGCACCGUUCUGUGGCAUGAUCCUUGCAGACUUUGGAGCCAAAGUGAUCCGUGUGGACCGGACCAAGGUUGCCAUGUCUUUGGACACACAAGGGCGGGGGAAACAAUCUGUGGCCAUCAACCUGAAGACGUCAGAGGGUGUCUCAGUGCUCAGGAAGCUCUGUGUCCAGUCUGAUGUGGUCCUUGAGCCCUACCGUAAAGGUGUGAUGGAGAAGCUGGGCCUCGGUCCACAGGAGCUGUUAAAGGAAAAUCCUCGUCUGAUCUACGCUCGGUUGACGGGCUACGGACAGAGCGGACCUUACGCCACCGUAGCUGGGCAUGACAUCAACUACCUCGCCAUGUCAGGCCUUUUAUCCCGGCUGGGUCGUUGUGGAGAGAAGCCCUAUGCGCCAAUGAAUCUGUUUGCAGACUUUGCAGGCGGUGGUCUUACCUGUGCCCUGGGGAUAGUCCUAGCGCUGCUGGAGAGGGCAAAGUCAGGGGAAGGACAGAUCAUUGAUGCUAGUAUGGUUGAAGGAGCAGCAUAUGUAGGUUCUUUUGUAUGGAAGUCUCGUAGCAUUGGCAUGUGGGACCGUUCUAGAGGACAAAACAUGUUGGACAGUGGAGCGCCCUUCUACGAUACCUACCAGACUUCAGACGGAAAGUACAUGGCUGUGGGUGCCGUUGAACCACAGUUCUACAGACAGCUACUUAAGGGUUUGGAGUUGGAUGCUGGAGAGUUACCUCUUCAGAUGAGCUUCACUGAUUGGCCAGAACUGAGAAGGAUCUUCACAGAGUGUUUUGCUACGAAAACCCAGGCGGAUUGGUCAAGGAUUUUCGAUGGCACUGAUGCCUGUGUUACACCUGUGUUGUCUUUUGACCAGGUGAGCUCACACCCACAUAACCGAGAAAGAGGUUCUUUCAUCAAGGACCCCAGCGGGGAAGAAAGCCCCCGGCCCGCCCCGGUUCUCUCUCGGACUCCUGCAGAGCCUUGUCUUGCCUCCGAUCCUGUUAUUGGAGAACACACAGUAGAGGUCCUACAAGAGUAUGGGUUUACUUCACCAGAGAUAGACAAGAUGCGAGCAGCAGGGGUCGUAGAGUGUAACGCUGUCAAAGCAAAGUUAUAGAAGACAAAAAGCUACAUAAGAUACACAGCACAUUUUGGUGAUUAGCAGUAAGACCUGCCAUACAAAUCAUGUCUAACACAACUUUUUAAGAAUCAAAGGAAAAGUAGCAAAAGGGAAUAUGUCUUAUGUUUUCAUGGACUAGAAACUCAAACUGAGAAGCUAAAAGAGGUGGUGAAAAAACAUGCAAUACUCCAUCGCGCCUGAGGAACCUGAUGUACGCAUCCCACACACUGAGUGUAGGCAAGCCUUGAUUGGGCAAGGUGACAGGUCAUCUUAUGCACUCUCAGGGUAUAUGGAUGCAGUAUGGGUUAGCCAAUAGGUCAUGGAUGUCAAUUUGAAUAGCUGCCUCCUCUUUUUUUAGUGCCACUGCUGUUCUCUGAAAGUGUUAGUUUGAAAGAAAAACAGUCUUAGGAAGUCCUGCUAGUCCUUUACUCACAUGGAGGUGUGCUACAUUUCCCAGCUCAGUCAACCUAGUUUCCAUGUGCUAAAACAAGUUUGUGUUCACAGAUUGAGAAUUCAACUGGUGCAUCCUGUUUCUCUCUCUCACUGAUUAUAAACACACAAAAUAGUUUUGCUGUGGCACAAGAAAAAGCCAGUAAUAAAUUAAACACGUCAUUAAAUAUUCAUUUUAAGGAAAUUGUCAAUAAACAAUACACCCUAAAAUACAGUCAUUUACAUACAUUCACGAGUGAAUAGAGGCAUGAGUUGCUCCAGCCGAAAUAGAACAGAUGCGUAAAGAUGGUUGAGCAGAGAAAAUACCUGCCUGGUUUUGUGGUAAAUGUUGACCGUACAAAGGUUGUGAUGUUCACACAUACUGAAAGUGCUACACAAGGAGUUUAAGGGAAUUAAAGAUAUAAAUAAAGUUAUUUAUCCCACAAAUAUCAAAUUAAUUUUAUUCAUGAUAAGCAGCCAGUCCCUAGAGUGAUGGAAGUUAUUAAAUUAGCAGAAAAUAAUUAAAAUACAAGAUAAAAUACUCGGGGCUUGUUGAGGAUUUUUUUAUUUGUUUACUCAUAACAGUUUGUCCAUUGUAAUUUAUUCAGUCGGUGUCACCUGUACAGCAUUUAUUCCAUCACAACCGAAGGUUUACAUGACUGGUUUGAAAUGAUCAAAUGGUUUGAAAGUAUAAAAUGGUUUUAAAUGAUUAAAUUUUCAGGCCUUCUGCAGCAGGAUGCCUAACGAUAAUAAUGAUAACUUCAUGUAAAUCAUCUUUCAUUUACAGUCAUUUGUUGUAACAAGCCACUUUUUCACAAUGCUUCGUACAGUCUGCAUUACCAACAUGCAUCAUGGCCAAACAGUUCAUCUCACCUCCAAAACUCACUCAAACCACCAAAACACUUGAUACAUGUCUCAAAAUAAUCUCAUUCAACCAAACACUGGCAACAGUACUCACUCAGAAUGCGUACAUUGUUACUCAUAACACACAGACCUAAAAAACACUAACAGCAAGCUUUACACAUAAAUGAUGCAUUGUAUCUUUGAAGUUUGAAUGAUUUUUCACAUAAAUCAGUUUUUCAUUAUAGAAGAAGAAUAACAUUUUCACUGUAUUAACUGUAUUAAAAUAUGUUACAUUGAUAACUCAGAAAUGCAGAAAUUUGCUUUGAUAUUCCCUGUAGUGUUUAUUCCCUGUUUCAUUGCAUAUAGUAAUUGACUUGAAAUAUAAAAAGUUGAAACAAAAAACUAAUUCUGGAAAUUUCAGUGCUGCAACACUGUUUUUCUCACUUGUUUCUACAGUAACACUGGUACUGACACACAAUGACCACUAUCUGUGGUCUGUGUGAGUUCAUGGAUUUUGGAGAAAGUAGUCACUGAAUGUAUUUUGCAUGAAAGCAAUGAAAAUUAUUUCAGUUUUGUCCACAUACUCACAUACAGUUUUUCUGAAGAGUGUGAAGAGUUUUGACAGUGUCACUUCAGUUUUGACCAAUGCAUGUUAGCAAUUGAAAAAAAACUGUAAACCUGACUGUAUGAACAUUUUGUAAAAUAAUCACAAUAAAAUGCAAAUAUGUCCCCAUGCAUGAGAUGUGAGAUAAAUAUUGUGUGUUAUCCCACUAUGAACACAUGAUGUGAAGGAGAGAUGACUAGAAACAGGCAUUUUGGUAAAAGAACAGUUGGAUAAUAACUCACUUAGCAGCUGGACACUAAGUCUAUGGAUUUUAGGUAAUAGGAUACAGUGCAGCUUUUAGGUUUUUCCAUUGUGCACAUUGUCAUGAGCCAAUUUGUUUUAAGCUAUAUACGUUCAGCAUCAAGGAUUUCAUGGCUUACAGGGAUCUUGCUCAUCAGGAAACUCAAGUGGUUCUGAAAUGUAAAACCACAAAAUGUAGCUGUGUGUAAAUGGUGUUUUUUUAUUGGCUGCCUUAAACAUAUCAAUAAGAGUGCGUGUUACUCGGGUUUAAAUUAUGAAGCAGCAGAGAGCUGAAAUGUGGAGAAAAAAAAUAGCCGCAAGGCCCCUAAUAACCUCUUAUUUCUCCCCCGCAGAGUGGGAUGUGUACUGUUUGUCUAUGAUGGAGAACUACCUGCUGUGUGGUAAUUGUUUUAAACACAAAUUAACAGGAAUUUGCAGCAUAUCAGAUGGAAAGGAUCCCUACAAGUGACUCCAGUGGCACCCUUUGUUUUUAACCAGUAACAGAUCUCAUGAGAGGCGAGUGUCAGAGAUGGAGAGGGGAGUUUGAUGGAGAGAAGAGUUUGUUGUGUUGGAGUAAUGUUAGGAAAUAGUCUUGCCAGCAGUGUAUGUAGAGGAGCUGCUAUUUCCUAACGUUACUCCAACACAACAAACUCCUCUCCCUCGUUCCCACCGGCGUUUCUUGCAACAAGUCGCCUCAUUAGACUGGCCCAUGCAUGUUAGCUAGGCUUGUCAUGUCUCCAACAUGCUGCUCUCUGUAUUGUGCUGUUUUACAUGUUUUCUAUGUGGUCACAUACUGUUUUACAUAUAGAUUUUGUUCUCUAAUUGUUGACUUGGUAGAAUCUGGAAUUUCAAAGGGCUACUAAUAAACAAACAUGAUAAUU